AUGUCGUUAGCUAAACACUGGGGAUACUCAAAGGAUUUGGUUUUGGAAAAUUUAAAGGGUUUGGCUGCUGCAAACCCCAAAAUUUCUCUUAUACCAGCAGAAAAAACAGUCGUGUAUAAUGAUUCCUUACAAUCUAAAGGAAACAAGAAUAUUAAUCGUAUAAUGGUUAUUUCUGGAGGAGGUUCAGGCCAUGAACCGUUACAUGCGGGAUUUGUUGGUGUAAAUGCAUUAGAUGCUGCUGUAUCUGGUUCAAUAUUUGCCUCCCCUUCAGCCAAGCAGAUUUUUGCAGCCAUUAAGUCAAUUAGCUCCAAACAAAACAAUUCUAAAGGUACUUUGGUAAUUGUCAAAAAUUAUACAGGAGAUGUUCUACAUUUUGGACUUGCUGUCGAAAGAGCAAAAGCACAUGGCUACAAAAUAGACAUGAUAAUUGUUGGUGAUGACGCAGCUGUAGGUAGGUCAAAGGGUGGAAUGGUUGGAAGAAGAGCAUUGGCAGCCACUGCAUUGGUUCACAAAAUUGUUGGAUCUGCUGCUUCUGAAAUUGAAGAUCUAAGCAGACUUAAAAUAUUGGGUGAUUCCGUUGCGAAUAAUACGGUGACCAUUGGUGCCACCUUAGAUCAUUGCUCUGUUCCUGGGCGUGAUAUUGCAAACUUUGAGCCUAUUGGCCAGAAUGAUGCUGAAAUAGGUCUAGGGAUACAUAACGAAACUUCGGUCAAGAAGGUAAACCCUGUACCAAUGAUAGACUCAUUAGUUCAGGACUUAUUAGAAUUCCUAUUAAACGAAAAUGACAAAGAUCGUUACUUUGUACCAUUUGAUCUCAGUAAUGAUGAAACGGUCUUGCUUGUCAACAAUCUCGGGGGUACAUCUACUUUAGAAAUGUAUGCUAUUACAAAUUGCGUUAUCGAAACAUUAUACCAACAAUACAGUUUGAGACCAAAAAAAGUGAUAGUGGGAGAAUUUGCUACGUCUUUAAAUGCCCCUGGGUUUUCGAUUACCUUACUUAACGUCUCUUGUGCAUCUAAACAAUCCCAAAUUUCCAUUUCACAUAUAAUGAGUUACUUGGAUUUGCCAACAGAUGCCCCUGGUUGGAAGGCACAUCCGUGUGGGUUUGGACUUGAAAGAGACAUCAAUAUUGAGACAUCAAUCAAUGGUAUUGAUUCUUUUGUCAAGUCACAAUUAAAGCUUUCCAGAGAACAACAGACGGACUUUAGAAGCAGUCUAGUUAAUGGGUUGGAAAAAUUAUUAGACAAAGAACCAAGCAUUACAUUUUAUGAUACUGUUGCUGGUGAUGGUGACUGUGGUGAAACCUUAGCGUCUGGUGCAAAUGGAAUAUUGGAAUCAUUAAGGAACAACGAAAUCUGCUUUGAAGAUCCAGUUUAUUCCAUAUCUCAAAUAGCAAACAUUGUAGAGGAUAAAAUGGGCGGAACUUCAGGAGGCUUAUAUUCAAUUUUCUUAACCUCGUUGAUAAAACACCUUCAAGAUUGUACUACAUUGAACUUAUGUGAAAUGUUUGCUAGUUCUUUGCAUAAUGCGCUAUAUCAGGGCUUAUAUAAAUACACUAGGGCACGAGUGGGUGGAAGAACUUUGAUUGAUGCUUUAGAGCCGUUUGUGAAUACCUUCAACGACACUCUAAAUUUCUCAAAGGCUGCCCAGGCUGCUAUCGAUGGAUCUGAAUCGACUAGGAAAUUAGCUGCAAAAUUUGGGAGAGCGUCUUAUGUCAAUGAACAAGAAUUUAAACAGUUCGACGAAGAAGGAGGCUUACCGGAUCCGGGAGCUAUUGGAUUAGCCACCUUAAUUGCUGGGUUUGCCGGUGUUGACUAUAAUUAA